AGCACACUAUCGUGACCCCAUUAGGGGGUCGGCUUUCGCGCUUGGAAUAGCUAAGGCUCGGUCCGUCAUUCCAGGAAGGGGGAUAAGAGGACACUGCGCUGUGCUUGACCUCCAGGGGGUGGGGUCGCAAGAUUGAUGUUUAGAAGAUAUAAUCCUAACUCUCAGUAUAUCAGUACAUAGUAGACAUUCUCUAGUUUUGAUUAUUUUGCGAAUCCUCGCUUUUGUCUUCCUUUUCUUCAACAUACCUUGGGCGAUAGCCUAAGGCGAGCACAGUGACCGCCAAUGGCGACCGGUCGAGACUACCGAAGCAUCGUCUAUUCGCCGCCAUUUACCUUCUUGGUCGGUCCCCAACACACUAAACUCACAGUCCAGUCGGGUCUCGCCCAGCAUGUCUCCCAACCAUUGGAUCAUUUGAUGAAUGGUCAGACCCGCGAGUCAAAACACCAUAUUGCCGUCCUGGAGGAGGAGGAUGUCGAGACCUUUGUGGCUUUUUGCGAGUACGCCUACACGGGCGACUAUACUGUGCCGCCACCCGGGUCUCGUGAGGAGGAGCUGGAGAUCCCUGUGGUCAGCAACUCCUUCGACAGUCACACGGGUGUGCCUCCCUUUGUGCCGUCGCCCCCGAACUCGGGCGGCUUCUCCGACAGAGGAGGGGAUGACUGGGCCGGUGAAGAGUUUGAUCCUGGCCAAUACCCGUCGCAGACCGUUGAGGCAGAGGCAACAACAGGCCAGUAUGACCUGACGACCGAAAACCCUGAACCGACAGGCGAGGCGCCAGAAGACCCGGCGACUGCGACAGUAGAGUCUGCCGAGCAGCAACACCCAACUGCAGAGAGUGACCCGCAGGACAAGAAUGACGAUGCGCGGGGCCCCCAAAACCAGGUCAAGACAAGCAAAAAGAACAAGAAAAACAAGAAGAAGCAGAAGGGUGGUGCAUCAGCGGAAGAUCCCGGCUCGAAUUUGACGCCCCCCACCACGCCGCCCCCCGAGAAACCGAAGGAGGGAUUUGAGGGCCAACCCCCCACUGCUGAAACCGCCGAAGUAUCAGACGAAUGGGAACGAUUAACGGGGGCACCUGGUGCCGCUGAUCCCGAAGAAUCUGCACAGCCCACCGACGUAGCUGAACCGGAGGACCUCGAGCAGUCGGCACCCAUACCGCCAGAAGACGACACCGCUGCGCACCCCCAACAAGAGGGGGAUGAAGGUGAGUGGAAUGAGCAGACUCAAGAGGAGACAGGUAGGGAUGUGAAGGGGCCCACCAGACCCCCAACGAGGUCCUUCAUCGACUCGUCUUUCGUCAGACAAGAUUUCUCCAACCGGCACGAGACGGGAAUCAGCCUCUGGGAUGAGUUUGCAACCAUCGACUACGUUGAUCCUCGCAAGUUCAGCACUAGACCGCCGAGCUCGUUCUCUGGUCACCUCCAGCCGAGCGGAUCAGACCUCCCAUAUCUCUUGUUUCACGCCAAACUCUACGUGUUUGCAACCCGAUAUCUGAUCCCCGCACUGGCGCAGUUGUGCCUCCGGAAGCUGCAUCGAGACCUUGUGUACCUCGGAUUCCCCGAAUCUGCCACCGACAGGUCCGACCCGGAGCAGAUGAUCCUGACCAACACCAAGGCUCGCAUGGUGCUCGACCUCCUCCACUAUGCAUACACCAAGACGACCCGCCUCGAGCCGAUAUCACCCACUUCGGCCACUCAGCUGCGGGACAACGAGCUGCGAAGGUUGGUCAUUCAUUAUGCAGCCUGUAAAGUGCGGGACCUUGCGGAGUUUUGUCCUCCGCUGGAAAGAGAAAUGGGAUACACGUGGACUGGCUUCGAAAAGCCCUCGGCGCGGGGCCUACGUGGGCUCCUGGACACCACGACGGAGCUGGCGUCAGAUUUGGUGUACCGGAUGAUGUGAAUGGCUUGUUGGUUUCUCGCCGCUUCUUUGUCUUUUUCCCUUUUCUCAUUUCUCCAUGUCUUAAUUUUCUUUUCUUUUCUUUUUUUUCCCCCCUCAUCGAUUCUUUUCUCUCCCAAUUUUUGCUGUUCUUCUCUUUUCUCAUUGUUUCUCAUCGGGCGAUUUUUCUUCCGUGACGGUUUUGAUACUUCCGCCCCCUGCAUGUAUAUUCAACCUCGUACAGAGCGAUCACAUAGCACCCGCAUAUAUAUGCAUGGCCAGGUGUACGGAGUAAAUAAAAACAUGGCUUACAGGAUAUCA